CGCUCCACGCUCCUUCUCUCGCAUCUCUCUUUUCCCGACUGAUUUCAUCCCCAUAGUGUCUGUUCCCCUGCUCGCCGCCGGCCGCCGCGUCCAUUUCUUCCACUUCCGCAUCCGUUCCCCUUCCUCCGCUCGCCGGCCGCCGUUCUACUCAUCCGCCGCCUCCCCCCGUCCCGACGCCCGAAUACCGCCGCCAUUUACCCCAUCCACGAUCAGCUUUAUCAGCCAAUAUGGUCAUCCCUCCACCUGCUAGGGCACCUGCAAUCACCAAUUUCCUAAAGCCCUAUGUUCUGAAGAUGCACUUCACAAGCAACUUUGUCAGCGCCCAGGUCAUCCACACCCCAUCCGCGACCAUCGCAUGCGCAGCAAGCUCACAGGAGAAGAUCCUCAGGCCAAGUAUGGAGUCGACACGUGACGUCGCUGCAGCGGCGAAGAUUGGGAAGCUGCUUGGCGAACGUCUGCUGUUCAGGGGCAUCCCUGCGGUGUCCGUCUCCAUGUCAAGAGACCAGACGUACCAUGGCAAGGUCAAGGCCGUCAUAGAUUCUCUUACAGCAGCUGGUGUGAAGUUGGUGUGAAUGAUGAUGUUAGCUGAUCAUCACUUAGCUAAUUUUCCACUGACUGUUUAGUUCUGCCAUAUGACAGUGUUCUUGAAGAGAAUUACAGAAAUAGUGUCAAGCUGUCAGUCAGUCUACAGUGUUUUCAGUUUACCUUCCGUGUGCUUAAUAGAACAAUACGCCCCGUUGCGGUCAGCCAGUCUACAGUGUUAGACUCCUCGAAUCUGUAACUGUUUCAGGCAUCACAGUAUAGAACAAUACCUGUGAGAAUUAUGAAAUUCCUGCUUAAGUAAUACAUUAAGUGUGUCAAAAGA